AUGCGCAGCAAGUUUGCGAAUAGAGCUGUUUUCGCUAGCUUAGCUGGGAUCAGUGUUGGUGUUGGGGCACUUUCGGCUGCUCACUGGAGCAAGGGACCAAAAGUGAAACAGGACGCUUCUUUACUGCGCAAGUUGCCACUUAAUCUUAUUGGUAUGGUGUCUUACUACGCAGGAUCGCUGCCGAUCCCAGUUGCUUUGCGAGAACCUGCGUACAAGUCCUAUUGUUCGAAGCUGGGUUGUGAUGUGUCAGAAGUUGCAGGCGACUUGCGUGAUUUUAGGUCGCUCUCGGACUUCUUCGCCAGGAACAUCGCUUCAGACUUCCGUCCUAUUGACAAAACAGCAAGUCUGGUGGCACCAUGUGAUGGGACUGUCAUAGCUGCAGGUCCCGUUGGAGCAUACGGAUCUAUCGAGGUCAAAAACAUCACGUACUGCAUUCGAGACUUGCUUGGCGCGCGGGAACGAGAGCCUUUAGCAGUAUCCUCUGUAGCUGUCGCUGAUAGAAAAGAGAGUGGCGCACGACUCUGGUAUACUGUUAUACAUAUAGAACCCGGGCAAUGUCAUCGUUUCGCCUCACCCACGUCUUGGAGCGUCUCAGAGAGAACGCGUAUAGGAGGGUACCUCCUGUGGCUAAACCCCGAUAUUAGCGGUUUGUACACCGAAAACGAAAGGCUGGCUAUGCUUGGAGAGUGGGAUCAUGGUCUUUUUUGCCUAGCAGCAGUCGGUGCAGCUGGACGAGGGUCUAUUUACAUUGACAAAGAAGCCGAAUCCUUUCAGCCGCACUUCCGUCCCAGUCGUACAAAAGUUUCUCGACACAAGUAUCAUGACCCGCGGAACCUGACUCCGGGCCAACAAAUGGGUGGAUUCAAGCUUGGAUCUGCUAUUGUGUUAGUGUUUGAAGCUCCGGAGCAAUCGUUUAAGUUUCACGCCUCAAGUGGCGAGAGAGUGCGCCUCGGUCAGAAACUCGCCACGGUUGGUCGUUUCCAAGCUAUGUCACCAGGAACAACUAUUACAAAGAGAAACGCUGAAGCAAAUGGGGUGCAGUCAAAUACCACUUCACGAGCCCGCUUCCGACGUGCAUGGUAA